AUGUUGUUGGCUCCACUGAUCGCUAUCCUAGUGUUUUCUUUCACUAUCGCUGAUGCCCAGCAUUCACCACCGAAUCCGGGAAAUUUCCGCUUUUACGAAGUUGCUAAUCGACACCUGGCGGAAAAUAUGUGCCCAUUUCUGGUCUUAGGGGAUAAAAAAUUGCCCAUCGUUUGUUGGCAGUGCGGCUUCCCAGCCGGUUUGAAUUCUAAUUUCUGCUAUGAGUUGGAAUUCUGUAUUCGAGCCUAUUGGGGUCAGCUGUUGACCAAAUCACGAUCCAGAACGGCUCUUCUUCGGAAAAUGAAUGCCCAUCGAGGUCUCUAUUCUCGUGCAAAGGAGGACGACAAGUCACGUGAAGUGAACCGUUAUGAAUAUGAUUGCUGUCCAGGCUUUGAACGAAGCGACCUGGUUGACAACAAGUGCGUUCAGAUGGAAACAACCUGGAAAACCAUUGUCCGCUAUCUGAAGGAGCGUGGAAACGUGGAAACCGCCUCGGCGUUAGCCGACAACACAGAUCUUCCGGAUUUGUCUCAGGACCCGGCGAAAUACGUAUACACUGUAUUUGUUCCCAAAGAAGAUGGAGAUAUAAAGUCACCGGAAAUCGAUUAUCGUAGUGGUGGAAAUUCCGCUCGCAAUUUGGUCACAAAAGGUCGCCACUAUGCGCGCGGAUUCACCAAUGGACGCACAAUUGCAAACGAGAACAAUUCACCGCUGAAAAUCACCACCUAUUCGAACGGGGCAAUACCACCUUCAAACCGCUACCCAACAGUUUUGUCCCGUCUGCAAUCGGAUCCAAAUUUGUCUCAGUUUGUGCAGGCAUUGCCGUCGGAUGUGCGUUCGGCACUUGAUCGACGCGAUUCCAGCAUCUGGUACACCGUGUUUGCACCGACUAACCGUGCAUGGAGUGAAGCCGUUUCGCGUUUACCAUCGGGAGAGCCUGUCGCCAAUUUGGCUCGUCACCACGUGCUGAGAAAGAUGUUGUGCGCCCGAGCCAUCACGCAAGAGUCUUCAUCCAUUGGUCCCACCAUGGCUGAUGAUUAUAUCCGUGUGACUCGCACGCCAAAUGGCAAACAAGCAGUGUUCGAUGCUUGCAACGAACAGAUCGUAUUGGACAAAGCAGAUUUGAUGUCGGGUACCGGAGUGGUACAUGUGAUCGACAAGGCCAUCAUUCCUCUGGGCUCGAUGGACCUGAAUGAUGCGCUUCAGUGUCUACAACGCGGCCCCCAAAUCGAUUUGGCCAGAGCAGCCAGAGAAAUGGAAGAAUGCAAUCUGGCAAGUAAUUCCAAGGCCAAGUUGGUUCUAUUGCCGACCGCGGCUGCACUUCAAGGAAAAGGGAGCGAGAAUUCAGAUCUGCUGCGGCGAAUGCAGUCAGAUCGCAGUUAUCGAUGCAAAGUGUACGCUUACCACCUGCUCACUCCGGACAAUCCACAAAGUAUGCAGAACCCUAAACACUAUGGGUUUGUUCAGGAGGAGAAAUUCCGUACAGAUUAUACAGCACCCGAUGGAUCACCGGCUUAUGUGACCGGUAGUUAUGUACGAGAACGUGAUGGUAGCAAGUUGAGUUUCAACGGAGCCACAACAACCAGCCUCAAACCGCUCAAAUUUCGAAACGGCUUGAUCUAUCCAGUAGAGAGUGUCAAUCAGCCACCGGAAAAGUCUAUGAUGCAGCUCAUUCGAGAUGAACCAAACACAAUAGAAAUUGCGCGAAAAAUGCAAGAAACUGGCAUCCAACAAGAGUUCAAUCGUCUUGGAAACAAAGUGUUGUUUUUGGCUCCCAUUGAUAUGGGUUGGAAGACACGUGAUCUGGAAAACGCUUACUCUACUCCGCAAACACGUAAACUGCUACAACUUCACACGAUUCCGCACCCAAUGUUCGGUGGUGAAAACGGAUUUGUCUGGCAUUCCACAAUACUCAAGGUGGACAGUUUGCUACCCGAUCGCAGUGGUGGCCGUGUUCAAUUAACUAUCAAGCGUCAUCCGGAUGGGAACACAUUCAUUGGUCACUCGGAACUACCGGAAAAACUCUGGGUAACUAUUGAAUUUUCUUACCUCUUUGUUUGCGAUUCCCAAUCCCAGUCAACUUAA